AUGGGUAUUACUCCUUUAGAUUUGACGAUAGAAGAGGAGGAGAAAGCUAUCGUCCAGCUGAUAGGACAGGCCGCUCACCCUCUCGGGGGUACGAUGUUCGUCACAGGCGCUCGCCACCACGAACUCGCUCUCCACCUCGACAGCGAGCAGACACCUGGGUGCCUUCGUCUAAUAGGGGAUAUGGACGCCCACGAAGUCGAUCUCCACCAGCCUACCGACGCCGCUCGCGAACACCUCUGGGGAGGGGAUUUGGCCCAAAUGGCUACGAAAGAAGACGAUCACCGCCAAGAAGAUUCUCACCCAGGAGAGAAGAAAGGAUCAGGUCACCGCCGCCGAUUUGGCGUUCAAAAUCGCCUUUCAAUGACGGAAGAUCGCGCGAUUCAUCCCGUGGCCGCAAUAGCCCCAGACGGCCGCGCGACGCAACACCAGGCACCCAGGGAUUCCGACCCUCCAGGAGAGAUGGCCCACCAGCCCCUAGCCUCGACAAACCCGCCAGAACUUCUUCACCAAGAGCGCCAUCAGGAGUUUUGCCGCCGCCAAGUCCACAACCUGCUCCCCGCCGAGACUACGCGCUCGAUGGAACGAGCCAAGACCGGACCUUAUCAUCAAGACAUGCUUCGCCUGCACAAGUCAUCGCUUCAAAAUCCGAGGGGAUCCCGUAGUCGCUCACCUGUCUCCUUGGGCCCACAGGAUUCGUCCAAACCACCAGGCCGAUCCUCAUUACAAGACCAGAUCCCUGACACGGGAUCUUCCAAUACUCCAAAGCGGUCGGAAAAUGGAGAGCGUCUGUAUUCAAAUGACCAGUCCACAGCUUUCAACUCAGAGAAAAUACAAGAUCAGCACCAGAUGAGCGGACCCAGAGUUAACAACAUUCCAACCCAGCCCAGAAAUCACAGCGCAAGCCCACACCAUCUCCCACCACCAGGGCAAUAUCACGGACCGAGGCCGCCAUCCAACCCACGUGGGGUACUAUUGGCGCCAACUCGCCCUCGCCGUGGACCAAGCUCGCGCGAAUCUUGGAUAGGAUCUCCUCCGAUGCGCCGUGGCCCCAUUCCAGCUUCGCAUGGUCCUCCGGCAGGACCGCGUGCUUCUUUCUCCUCCUCGGUCGCAGGCGGAAGUUAUCGAAAUCUUACCCCACGACAAUCUAUAUCCGCCUCUGCAGCUCAACCGAUACCUCCGAGAGGGGGCAACUCUCUUGCAGGGCUGUGUGCUAUCAUACCGGAAGGGAGAUGCCUUCCGUCUCUUCUGGAACCUGCCGUAGAGAAACGGUUAUCUCAACUUGAUACCGACAAAGAAAAAUUGCUGGAACAGAUGGCAGAAACACAGCGAUCUAAACGAGCAGAGCUUCGAGACUGGGAUCGACUUGACCGUGAAAGCUCCAUCUGUGCUCUCAAAAGUGAACUGGCCGAGGGCAAUCUCCAGCGAAUGGCCGACGAGAGUACCGGGGGUGGGAUUUUGUUUUAA